AGUAGGUCGGUCGGCUCGGGCUCGCUUCGGUUCGGUUCGGUGUCGUUACGGUUUUGUUUCGUGUCGUCGGUUUGUGCUUAAGCUGGCUUCCGGUUUGGGGAGCAUCGCGAAUAUUCCAUUGCUGUGGCUCGGGACCUCAACAGGUGCACUAGACUCGAGUUGCGUUCUGCCAGUGAUAGCGAGCAAAUAUGGCGGUACGGUUCGUCCUCUGAAUCUACAGGAUUACCCGUGCAAUUUAAAAGUAAUUCAGUUUUGUGAGCAUCUGAAAAAUGCUUUGUGCCAUGAAUUGUUUACCCACGGCAAAUUAAACGAAAAGAAACUGCGAAUGAAACUCGGGGAAAGUGUGUACUAAACAUUACCAAAGAUUUAGGUACAGCAAAAAAGUGUUUUCGCUACCAUUACGGAAAAGCAAAGCCAUCAUAAUUCUAUAUUUAAUCGCACAUGUGAUGGUGCGCGUCAUAUCAGUGGAAUAAGUUAUUACAGAAUCCAGAGCCGCCUUUCAUGUAUAUUCGUAGGCCGUAGGGCGUAGAGCGGCGAUUGUGCGGCUUACCACAAGAUGAGCAAACGGAAUCAUUCCAAUUAGUAAGCGACAGAUUGUGACAGCGAGAAAGCCAUGCGGCUGGCAUUACGCUCUUAGGAUCUGCCGUAAGUGUGUACACUACUCACAGGAGACAUGCCGAGGACGGAGUGCCCGUCAAUUGAGUUCCUCUUCCUGCUGCUGCUGCUGCUCUGUGGCCGACAUCACGCAUACGCCCUGGAUGUGGAGGCGCUACGGGAUAGCAAUUGCCACGACAGCCACAACGGUUUUGAUAUCUAUCCCUAUACCAAUAUCAAUACCAACGCUAGUCCCAGUCCAACUUUGAUGCCAUCGACCCUGACACUGACACCAGCGCCCGCGCCCUCUCCCUGGAAGUGUUGCUGCUGGAAUGCAUCUAAUCAAAGCGAAGAAGAGGUGGAAUGCCGCUGUGAGGGGGAAGAACUCAAUCGAGUUCCCCAGACACUGAAGCUUCCCAUUCAGCGUCUAACCAUCGCCUCUACGGGAUUGCCACGCCUGCGUUCCACCGGACUGAAGGUCUAUGGCCCCACACUACUUGAUGUAGCCUUCACCGACUGUCUGCAACUGGAACUGAUACAGGACGGCGCUUUUGCCAACUUAACGCUGCUGCGAACAAUCUACAUUUCGAAUGCACCCAAACUGACCUUCCUGUCGCGGGACGUAUUUGCUGGCAUUUCGGGCACCGUUGAAAUAAUACGCAUCAUAAACGGCGGACUAACCAGCGUUCCGGACCUGAGCCACCUGCCGCCGCAUAACAUUCUGCAAAUGAUAGAUCUCGAUAAUAAUCAAAUCAAUCGCAUAGAUACUAAAUCCAUCAAAGUAAAGACUGCCCAAUUCAUUUUGGCAAACAAUGAUAUACGCUACGUGGAUGAUUCGGCAUUCUUUGGCUCAAAGAUAGCAAAACUCUCCCUGAAGGAUAACCGAAAGCUGAGUGAACUGCAUCCGAAUGCAUUCCAUGGCAUCAUAGACAUAACAGAACUCGAUCUCUCUAGCACUGCGCUUGUGGGCCUGCCAUCGGCGGGACUCCAGACCAUUGAGGCAUUGUAUAUCCAGAAUACGCACACCCUGAAGACGAUACCCUCCAUAUACAACUUUCGGAAUUUGCAGCGCGCAUAUCUCACACACUCGUUCCACUGCUGCGCCUUUCAGUUCCCCUCGAGGCACGAUCCCGAGCGGCAUGCCCAGCGUGUGCGGGAGAUUGAAAAGUGGCGUGAGCUGUGCCAGAGUCAGCGUCUGGCCCGCAAAGCCGAGAGAAAUGCAAAUGGUUCUGCUGGGCAAUGGCAGAUGCCGGAUGAUUUUGGCAGCUUUGACUCUGAGGAAGUCGUGGAGGCGGUGACGGAUGCCUCCUCCACCUCCGCCUCCGCCAGUCUGUAUGCCUCCUUCGACUACAUGGCGGAUACGACCAUCAACCUGGGCCAGUUUCACGAGCAAAUCACUAUUAAUCCAGACGAUGGACAGUCGGCCGAGUACUGUGGCAACUUUACAUUCAGGAAACCCAAUGUGGAGUGCUAUCCCAUGCCCAAUGCUUUGAAUCCGUGCGAGGAUGUCAUGGGCUAUCAAUGGCUGAGAAUCUCGGUUUGGAUAGUAGUCGCCCUCGCAGUUGUGGGCAACGUCGCCGUGCUGACAGUAAUUCUAUCGAUUAGGCCCGAGUCGGCGUCGGUGCCGCGUUUCCUUAUGUGCCACCUGGCCUUUGCUGACCUCUGUCUGGGUCUCUACCUUCUCCUGAUUGCCUGCAUCGAUGCCCAUUCCAUGGGGGAGUUCUUCAACUAUGCCUACGAUUGGCAAUACGGUGUGGGCUGUAAGGUGGCCGGAUUCCUCACAGUGUUCGCCAGUCAUUUGUCGGUGUUCACGCUGACCGUGAUUACCAUCGAGCGUUGGCUGGCGAUUACACAGGCCAUGCACCUGAACCAUCGCAUCAAGUUGCGCCCCGCGGCGAUAAUCAUGCUGGCUGGCUGGAUUUACUCCGUGCUAAUGUCCUCGCUGCCAUUGUUUGGCAUUAGCAAUUACUCAUCGACCAGCAUCUGCUUGCCGAUGGAGAACCGCGAUGGAUACGACACUGCCUACCUCAUUGCCAUUCUCGGGUGCAAUGGUGUGGCCUUCUCCAUCAUUGCCGUGUGCUAUGCCCAGAUCUACCUCUCGCUGGGCCGCGAGACGCGUCAUGCACGCCAGAAGAACCCCGGGGAGAUGAGUGUCGCCAAGAAGAUGGCCCUGCUGGUCUUUACCAACUUUGCCUGCUGGUCGCCCAUUGCUUUCUUUGGACUCACCGCACUGGGUGGCUAUCCGCUGAUAAAUGUCACCAAAUCCAAGAUAUUGCUAGUAUUCUUUUAUCCACUGAACUCGUGUGCGGAUCCCUAUCUGUAUGCCAUACUAACAUCGCAGUACCGCCAGGAUCUCUUCACCCUGCUGUCAAAAUUAGGGUUCUGCCGGCAGAGCGCUUUAAAGUACAAGCACAGCUCCUCCAUUCAGGCCACAUCGCGCUUCACCAUCCACGGAUCCAUGCAGCGGCACGGAUCACUCACCUGCAAGAUGCAGCCGAUGCUGGGCACGGAGACGCAGAGCAUGCUGAAGAGCAGCGAGGAUUAUGUUUAAACUGAUAACUGGAAACCGAAGCCCAUGUGUAUUCUGAAUACAAUUCUCUUCUACCUGUUUGUGAUAUAUGAUGUAUACAUUAUUUUUAUCUGUAUUUUGUUUUGCUUUACGCUAAGUAGCUCUAUCUCUCUAUACGACAAAGAAAUACGUUACGUUAAGUUUUUGUUAUCUGCUGAGCCAGUGCAUCACAUUAUUGAAAAUGUUCUACCCACUAAGAUUGUUUUCUAAGGUUCCUGCUAAAGAUUUCAAUGGAAUA